GUUCGAGGAUCUGACCACAGGUAUGGCCGACCGCAUUUUGGUCAACAGCCAGUUCACUGCAGGAGUCUUCAAACAGACAUUCCCCAAACUGGCUGAGAUUCAAACUGACAUCCUUUAUCCCUCUCUAAACUCAUCAGUUUUCAAUGUUGAAGUAGAGGGCCUCAGCGGGCUACUCCCUGAGGGACGGAGCCUCAUCUUUCUGUCAAUCAAUGGCUAUGAACGCAAAAAGAACUUGCCAUUGGCUCUACAAGCGUUAGCAGCCCUGAAGGAGCAUCUGUCCGCGGGGGAAUGGGAGCAUGUGCAUCUUGUGAUGGCAGUGGGUUACGAUGAGCGUGUGGUUGAGAAUGUAGAGCACUAUGAAGAACUGCACUUACUAGCAACCUCUCUUGGCCUGGAUGACCACAUCACCUUCCUGCGGUCCUUCUCACAUAAACAAAAACUGUCUUUGCUGUACAGCAGCACUUGUGUACAGUACUGUACACUCCAAGCAAUGAACAUUUUGGCACUGUACCCAUUGAGGCCAUGUACUCCCAUUGGCCAGUUAUUGCUGUUAACUCAGGUGGACCGCUAGAGUCUGUGGCCCAUGACAAAACAGGCUUCCU